AUGCGCAUUUCUGCACCAGUCAUCGGUAUCUUCGCCCUUGCUGCCGGCGUUGUGGCAGAGGAGAAUGGCGCUCCUGGGGUGUAUGAGAAGCCCACCCCCACCCCCCAGUCAACCUAUAUCAAGCCUAGCACCUCUGCCCAGCCGGUGUAUACUCCCCCUCCCCACCAUAGCAGCUCUAUUGUUCCCCCGAUUAGAAGCAUCACCACCUCUCCUGGAUCUCGUGCAUCCUCAACUCCAGGCGUUGUCCCUACUAGCCGUGGCAGCGGCGGCGGCAGCGGCAGCGGUGGAAGUGGAAGCGGAGGAAGCGGAGGAAGCGGAGGAAGCGAAGGAAGUGGAGGAAGUGAAGGAGGCAGUGGUGGUUCUAAACCUUCUCCCAAUGUUCCGCUUUCCAAUCCUGCUUCCACUAUCGAAGUGCCAGAGCUCACUUACUUUGGUGCCGCCCUUGGAGCUCUAGGCGCUUUUAUGGCUCUUGCCUAG